CAUCAUUCUUACGUUAACCCAAAGUCAUAGCCCACACACAUGGUCACUCGCACCCAGUUCAAACAUUCUUCUCAGAGUCGGAACUGUGUCAUCCUUAAUGGAGAUUGUAGGGUUUUAGCGAAGCAAAAAAAUUCAUAAGAAAUUCAAAGUUUUCAGAUGUCUUCGUUGACGGCGACAUCUUCAUUCCUGGCGCUACAAUCUUCGUCUUCUUCGUCGUCGUCUUCUUCAUUAGUUAGCUUAUCGUAUAGAAGAAAUCGAUUGGGCACUUCAGUUAGCUUCCCGAGGAACAAAACGCAUAGGGCGACAUUCACUUUGAGAGCUCAAUCUUACGAUUCUUCGCAAAACAACAACGAUAAUAGCAACAAAAAUUCUACUAAUGCCGGCGAUUCCAAACCUCCUAAUGGCACCCUGCACAAGAGCAGGAGGGACAUUCUGCUGGAAUAUGUCAAAAAUGUACAGCCCGAAUUCAUGGAGUUGUUUGUCAAAAGGGCGCCCCAGCAGGUAGUUGAUGCCAUGCGCCAAACAGUUACAAAUAUGAUUGGAACACUUCCUCCACAAUUUUUUGCAGUAACAGUAACCACUGUAGCUGAAAAUCUUGCACAGCUCAUGUACAGUGUUUUGAUGACUGGCUAUAUGUUUAAGAAUGCACAACACCGUUUGGAACUGCAACAGAGUUUGGAACAGGCUGCACUUCCUGAUGCACCAGUCAAAGAGGAUGUCCCAGAUUAUGCACCAGGAACACAGAAAAAAGUGACAGGCGAAGUUAUUAGAUGGAAUAAUGUUUCUGGUCCUGAGAAAAUUGAUGCUGUGAAAUACAUUGAGUUGCUUGAAGCAGAAAUUGAGGAACUCAAUAGUCAAGUCGGAAGCAAAUCUGCCAACGGACAGAAUGAGUUGUUGGAAUAUCUUAAAUCUCUUGAGCCCCAAAAUUUGAAGGAGUUGACGAGUAGUGCUGGAGAGGAUGUUGUGCUGGCAAUGAACACAUUCAUAAAACGUCUACUGGCAGUUACAGAUCCUGGUCAAAUGAAGGUGUAUCAUUAUCUGUUCUAUUUUGCUCUCCCACCUAUUACUCUUAGUCCAACUGUAGAGUGAAGGUCACACCACCUAAAUAGAGAUGUAUUCUAUUUUGAAAUAAUUAUGACGUCAGACUCAUAACCAUCAUUUCACUGUUAACAUCCUCAAGAACUUUCCAGGUCAUUAACAUAUAAGUAAUCACUUGAGUCAACUUGUUAAGUCUUUUUUUAGUAUCAUCUCCUUUAAUAGCAGAAUUGGACAAUUUACUAAGCUUUUUGAGGGUUUUUUUGGGUGGUUUACAGACUAGCGUAACAGAGACAAGUGCGGCAGAACUUGCCAAGCUGCUUUAUUGGCUGAUGGUGGUUGGGUACAGCAUCCGCAACAUUGAAGUUCGCUUUGAUAUGGAACGAGUACUUGGCACUCCACCAAAGUUUGCAGAAUUACCUCCAGGUGAGAACAUUUAGGCACCAUGCUGGAGUUUUUGAAUCUCAGAAAUGAAAAAAAUUUGAUGCACCAAACCGUCAUUGUGGGUCUAUAUCUCUACGAUGGUGCAAUUAAAUACUAUGACAUCUGAAGGCACUACCGAGGUAUUUGGUGAUAGUCAUGGAUGACCAACUGCUGGAAAAACUAAACAAUUUUUUGAUCAUUUUUGGCACAUUGUAAUUAUUAUGAAUUCCAUUGGUACUUGGCCAGCUAAUUAAAGCCGAUUUUAUUGAUUUAACUUGUGCUGAAAGUCAACUCAAUUUGAAUGCAGCUU